AUGUCGAGUACUACAGCUUUAGGAAAAGGGUACGAGGGAAACGGCGAGAAGGGCAAGAAGGCGCCUGCCAUUCCGAGACCAAGUUCUAGUGUCAUCUUGAUAUCGCCAGAAAACCAGAUUCUCCUCUUGCGUCGAGUACAAACUUCAUCGUCGUUUGCUUCUGCACACGUCUUCCCAGGCGGCAACAUAUCUCCAUUCCACGACGGCAACCCACCUGCUCCUGAGGAUAAUACCCGUCACCAUGAUAGCGACGUCUACCGGAUGGCUGCUGUCCGUGAGACUUUCGAGGAGAGUGGCAUCCUUCUAGCAAGAACCAAAGACGGAAAACUGCUGGAAGUAGACGAGGAAGAGAGGGUGAAAAUCAGAAAGCUUGUGCACGGAGACAAGAUCAAGUUCGAAGACUGGCUUGAGGAAAAGAGUGCAAAAGCUGAUCUUGACAACCUCAUUCCAUUCACCCGCUGGAUAACCCCCACGAAUUUGCCCAAACGUUUCACAACUCAGAUGUACAUCUAUCUACUCCCUCUCAGCAACACGCCGAAAAACUUGCCGUCGUCAUCUUCCAAUGCCGAAGAAGACGAGCCUGAGACCAUGAUCCCGGUGCCUACGCACGAUGGCGGUCUCGAGCACACCGCUGCUCGCUUUCUCCCAGCAGCGACAUGGCUACGUCUAGCUCGCGCCUCCCGCAUAGUUCUGUUCCCUCCUCAGUUCUUCCUCAUGUAUUUGCUUNNUUCUCCCUUCCUCUGCCCGUCAGGCGACGUCGGCAAAGAAGCUCCAGUACCAGACUCUGCUACACUACAAAAGCAACGAGACCAAGUACUUAGCUUUGUCAAGGAGGGCAACUGGGGUGAUAAGUGCAUCUCGCCUACAGUGUUGGGAGGCAAGAAGAGAGAAGACGGCAGAGUGGUCCUAGGUCUCGACAAGCCUGGUGCCGAGGCCGAGGCUGAGGGAAGGAAGGGCGAUAAUGAAAGAGUUGUGCUGGUGGAGUUCAAGAAGGAGGGACCGAGGAGGGUGGAAGUUGGUUGGAGGAAGGAGGUGCUGGCUGAAAGUCGCGGGACCAAGUUGUGA